CACACCGGCGAGAAGCCCUUCAGCUGCUCGGUGUGCGCCAAGAGCUUCAACCGCCGCGAGAGCCUGACGCGCCACGUCAAGACGCACUCGGGGCUGCUGCGGGUGCCCUGCGCCGUCUGCGGCAAGGAAUUCCGGGACCCGGCCUACCUGCUGCGCCACCAGGCCGCCCACAGCGGCCAGCGCCCCGACUACAAGUGCGAGGUGUGCGGCAAAGCCUACGCCGCGCCCCAGAGCCUCCUGCGGCACCGGCAGGUCCACGCCGGCCCCAAAGCCGGCGCCGCCGCCGCGCCGUUCGCCGGCGUCCCCAAAGCCACCGCGGCGGCGGCGGCGGGGUUCCCCUUCGCCUCGGAGGAGGCGGCGAAGGCGGGCGAAGGCGGCGGGGGCUUCCUGGCGUCCCCCGCGGCGCUGCUGGCGCCGGGGAAGAGCUUCGGCUGCGGGAUCUGCGGGCGGGCCUUCGGGCGGCGCGAGACGCUGAAGCGGCACGAGCGCAUCCACACCGGGGAGAAGCCGCACCAGUGCGCCGUCUGCGGCAAGCGCUUCCGCGAGUCCUUCCACCUGAGCAAGCACCACGUGGUGCACACCCGCGAGCGGCCCUACAAGUGCGAGCUGUGCGGCAAAGCCUUCGGCUACCCCCAGAGCCUCACGCGGCACAAGCAGAUCCACCGCCUGCCGCUGCCCUGCGGGCUGGGGGCGGCGGCGGCGGCCGCCCCGGCCGAGGGGCUGAGCUACGGCUGCGGGGAGUGCGGCGAGCGCUUCCCCGACCUCUUCCACGCCGUCAACCACAAGGAGGCCCACGUCGGGGAGAAGCCCUACGGCUGCGACGCCUGCGGCAAGGCCUUCGGCUUCAUCGAGAACCUGAUGUGGCACAAGCUGGUGCACCAGGCGGCCCCCGAGCGGCUGCUGCCCGACGGGGGGCCGGCGGCCGAGAGCGGGGCGCAGCCCCCCGAGGAGCACCCGGUGGUGCCGAGCGGGGAGCGCUUCACCUGCGGGACCUGCGGGCAGAGCUUCAAGCACUUCCUGGGGCUGGUGACCCACAAGUACGUGCACCUGGUGCGGCGCACGCUGGCCUGCGGCGUCUGCGGGCAGAGCUUCGCCGGCGCCUACGACCUGCUGCUCCACCGGCGCCGGCACCUGCAGAAGCGCCACUUCGGCUGCUCCGUCUGCGGGAAGCGCUUCUGGGAGGCGGCGCUGCUGAUGCGGCACCAGCGCUGCCACACCGAGGAGCGGCCGUACCGCUGCGCCGUCUGCGGCCGCGGCUUCCUGCGCUCCUGGUACCUGCGGCAGCACAAGGUGGUGCACACGGGCGAGCGCGCCUACAAGUGCGCCCUGUGCAACAAGCGCUUCGCCCAGUCCUCCAGCCUGGCCGAGCACCAGCGGCUGCACGUGGUGGCCCGGCCCCAGCGCUGCCAGACCUGCGGCAAGACCUUCCGCUACCGCUCCAACCUGCUGGAGCACCGCCGCGUCCACCUGGGCGAGAAGGUGUACCGCUGCGAGCUCUGCGGCAAGAGCUUCUUCUACCUGUCCUCCAUCCUGCGGCACCAGCGCUCGCACGACGCCCGCCGCGACCUGCGCUGCUCCGCCUGCCUCAAGCUCUUCAAGGACCCCAAGUACUUCAGCAAGCACCUGCAGACCCACCAGGGCGGGCGGCCCUUCAAGUGCAGCACCUGCGGGGAGGCCUUCAGGAACACCUACGGCCUCAAGAAGCACCGGCACGGGCACAAGCUGGAGCGCCUGGCCGCCCUGGCGCACAAGGACGCCUGAGGAGGGGGCUCGGCGGCGGUGGGCCCCCCUCUCCCCGGGCCGGCGGAUCCGUCUGCUUGGCCGGUGGGGUCCUGCGGGACGUGGAUGGGGUGGUGGGGCUGGGUGGCGCGGCGCGGCUCGUCAUGGCGUGACACGGCUCGU